AUGAAACUUCUCACUGCAUUCGCUAGCCUGGUCCUGCUUGCUAGCCUUCAGCAUGCCAGCUGCCUGCUGCCAGAAGAAAGCUGCACACAAGUUGGUGACAGCCUGCUGCGAAGGCUCAACACCCUGAGGACAGAAUUUAAUCAAGUCAAGAACUUUUUUCAAGACAAAGAUGAUGAACUUGACAUCCUACUGCUACAAGAUGAGUUACUAAAAGAUUUCAAGGGCCAGCUGGGCUGCCAGUCCGUUUCAGAGAUGAUCCAGUUCUACCUGGAGGAAGUCUUACCAAAGGCCGAAGGCAGCGACCAGAGCAUUGAGCGGCAUGUAGACACUAUUGGCAACAAGCUACUGGACCUGAGACACACGCUGAAGCGCUGUCACAGAUUCCUGCCUUGCGAGAAGAGGAGCCAAACCGUAAAGCAGAUCAAGGAGACGUACAAAACGCUACACAAGAAAGGCAUGUAUAAGGCGAUGGGGGAAUUUGACAUUUUCAUUGACUACAUUGAAGAAUACUUGAUGAUGAAGAUCGGAAAGUGACACCUUCCACAACAGGGAAACUGCUAUUUAAAUCGAGUCUCAUUGUAAUAUUUAAUACCUCCAAUACCUCAAUGUUUAUGUUUACAGAUAGCUUGUAUUUGUUUAAAGGGAAACAAUGUAAUUUUAAACUGUUAUUUAUUGUUUGAUAUUUUUGCAUGGUUUACAACUGUGCAAUUUGUAUUAUCAG